UGGGUCUGACGUCACCGCAACAGGAAGCGUCGCUGUGCUAAAAACAUUGAAGGAGGAAAGCGCAACAAAACGCUAUCUAACACGAAGCUGCAGGAAUGGUUGCUUUUAAGAAAAUCAGUUGAUUUGUGAAAGAUUAUUUCAUAAUCUACAACUUGUCUUCAUUUGAUCGCCAUCCAGCUUGAGAACUCUCGAAUUUGCGAGUUAGCGUCACUAGAUAGAUAGCUUGUGUUGACCAAAAUGGAUGACAGCAAGAUGGUGGGAGGCAAAGUCAAGAAGCCCGGUAAACGAGGCCGUAAGCCCGCUAAGAUUGAUCUGAAGGCGAAGUUGGAAAGGAGCCGGCAGAGCGCCCGGGAGUGCCGAGCGAGGAAGAAGCUCCGGUAUCAGUACCUAGAGGAGCUCGUCUCCAGCAAGGAGAGGGCCAUCUGCGCCCUGAGGGAGGAGCUGGAGAUGUACAAGCAGUGGUGCACAGCCAUGGACCAGGGGAAGAUCCCGUCUGAGAUAAAGGCUCUCCUGACGGGGGACGAACAGAAGACUCAGGGCUCCUCCACCAAGAGCUCCAAGAACAACAGCAACCAGAGCUAAUGUGUUGGGGGUGCUAGUCUGACUGUUAGAGGUGGCAGACCUGGGUUGUAUUCAUUAGGGGGAAAUUAUAUAAAACGUUGCGCAACGGAAAACG